AUGUACUAUAUUUCGAUAUAUUUUUUGUUGAUCUCCUCAGGCUAUGCCAUACCAACCGCCAGUACACCUGAGCCACCGGCCACCGUAACCUGCCCGCCCGCAGGCGGCCAACACGAGACGGGCGCCAUCGUUUUGGACCAUUUACUUCACAAGCAGUGGACGGUCGAAAAUAUCCCCGAAUUUUCCAAGGCUUUCAGGGAGUUUCUGAAUGAUAGUGCCGGCAUCGCCGAAUUGAUGGCCUCGGCUAAACCGGCCGGCCAUUCGGUAUCCGACUACCCCUGCACUCGCAACUUUACCGCUUCGCUACGUGCCGAAGUUUCGAUAAUGGGAAAACGAAUGAACGAAUCCCUCUUUACACGGAGCGUACAGAGGAGCGGCGUAUAUGAGGAUAUGCUUCGUAAAUUGAAUGAUUUCUUCUUGAAAGCCAUCAUCGCUCCGAACGAGAUUAGUUUGAGUUUUGCCUGCCAUCAUCUUUCUCCUGUCGAAAUGUUCCAGGUCUACGAGCGGCUUCUAAAUUGCGACCGGAUGACGGGCGAACGUGCCACCUUGAUGAGGGGCUUGUCGCUCACUUUCAAACUCGUUGACCAGAGACCCGAAUGGAUGUUGGGAAAGGAGGAGGCUGACGAUUAUGAAAAUUACAAAAGCAACUUCUUCUUCCUGGAGAGUUCCCCGCCAUUCGGAAAAUUCUCGCGAAUGGUAACUACUUAUCCAGAAGAUGAACCAAAACCGGCGUAUUGGCUGGCAUUCCUUUUUGCUACCCGUGGCGGAUUUUCACGAGGUGCAGUCUUGCGCCGUCUGACUUAUUGGGCCCAGCAAAGUAAUGAAAAAUGGGCGGAAAACAUUCUCCAGCUGGGGCAGAUGACCAUCAAAGAUUUGGAGAGGAUUGCGUUCCUAUCCACAGUUUGCCAAAGAGUCCUUGGCCACGAACCGGAUUAUAUGAACGUCUAUAAUCGACAUGGUUUAGUCGCUGUCGCGGAAAGGCUUCAGCGACUUCUGCUGGCCAAACUGCAGUUCGCGGACUACCGCGCUGGGAUGCCAAGUUAUCAACCACCGACCAAUACUUUUUCGACGCCCGCCAAUGAAGAU